AUGCGCGAGAUUAUUUAUAUCCAAACUGGCCAGUGUGGUAAUCAGAUCGGCAGUUCCUUCUGGCAAACGAUCUCCCGCGAACAUGGCUUGGAUGCCACCGGCGUGUACCGCGGUGCAUCUGCUUUGAAGCUGGAGAGGAUGAACGUCUAUUUCAAUGAAGUCGCCGGCAGAAAGUAUGUUCCCCGCGCGGUCCUCGUCGACUUGGAGCCAGGAACCAUGGAUGCAAUUCGAUCCGGUCCCAUCGGUUCUCUGUUUCGGCCCGACAACUUUAUAUUUGGGCAGUCUGGCGCGGGAAACAACUGGGCCAAAGGCCAAUAUACCGACGGUGCAGAGUUAGUGGAUCAAGUCGUCGAUGUUAUUCGCAGAGAAGCAGAAGCGUGCGGGUGCGUCCAAGGCUUCCAGGUCUCCCACUCGCUGGGUGGCGGUACAGGGUCCGGUAUGGGCACCCUCUUGAUCUCAAAAAUCAAAGAAGAAUUUCCCGAUCGGAUGAUGGUCACAUUCUCUGUGAUGCCUUCCCCCAAAGUGUCUGAUGCUGUCGUCGAGCCGUAUAACGCUAUUCUCUCGGUCCAUCAGUUGAUCGAGCAUGUGGACGAAACCUUUUGUCUGGAUAAGGAGGGUCUCUACGAUAUCUGUACGCGCACGUUGAAGCUGGACUGCCCUAGCUAUAACGAUCUCAACCACUUGGUCUCAGCAGUUAUGUCCGGCAUCUCGGUAUGUCUUCGAUUCCCUGGCCAACUCAACUCCGACCUGCGUAAAUUGGCUGUGAACAUGGUCUCAUUCCCACGCUUGCAUUUCUUCAUGGUAGGCUUUGCACCGUUGACCAGCCGCGGGGCUCAUCCUUCCGGGCAUCCGAACAAUAUGAUGGUUUCCUGCAAUUUCAAUCAUGGCCGCUUUCUGACGUGCUCGGCUCUAUUUCGCGGCCGGAUCUCCAUGCGUGAAAUCGAGGACCAGAUGAACCAGGUCCAGAACAAACACGCCGGAGCCUUCGUCGAAUGGAUCCCGAACAGCGUGCAGACGGCCCACUGCUCCGUGCCGCCGCAGGGUCUCCGGAUGUCGGCGACGUUCCUGGGCAAUUCCACCGCGAUCCAGGAAAUCUUCCACCGGGUGGGCACGGACUUUGCGAAGCUGUUCCGCCCCAAGGUGCUCCUACACUGGUACACGGUGGAAGGAAUGGAGGAGAUGGAGUUCACCGAGGCGGAAAGCAAUCUGCAUGACCUGAUCGCGGAGUAUCAGCAGUACCAGGAUGCAUCUGCCGCUGCUCUGUCAGAGGAGGAAAUCUAUCGUUCAAGAGUCUAG